AUUUUAGUUUACAUAAGGUGCCCCUUUUUUUUCUCUUUAACUUAAUUCAAUUGUGACGAACUGACUGAAUCUAUUAAAUUUGUUCUGCAUCGACCUGAACAGGCCCUGAUUGAUCACGUAAAGGGAGAACAGAAGUGUGACGCUCCUCAAUGUUCGGCAAAUGACCAUCUGUCUGCAUAUUGAAGACAAGAUCUGUAGCAGUUUCCUGUCUGGGAAGAUGUAAAGCAAAACCCGCAAGACAAGAAAUGUAAUUUCCUUUUUUUUCCCUCUAAAUUUAUGCAGGCAGGUCUGAUGGAAUGCAGACCCAAAACCUGUUGGCCAACUGCAGAUUUAUCUAAGGAAUCACAGCCGUGUUUCUCAACGCUGAAAUCAGAAGUGCAGCUUGUAAAAGACCCAUUUUAAUUGUUUUCUUAUUAUUGUUUAACAUUUCCUUUUAUUGAAGAUGCCUUUAAUUUCAAAAGAAAUAUGUUGAAGAUGUAAAAGCAAAUGAUAAAAAACAGUGUAAAUGUUUGUGAAGUGUAUUUUGUUUGGAAGACUUUUAUUGUGAAGGUUCCACUUCCGCUUUUUCUGUGAAGCGUGUCAGAUCAACAGAAACAAAAAAACGGUUAACAGCUGAUGCUACGGCAACAAAGGAAACAGACAAAAAAGACGGACAGAUAACUGUGUAAAGCUGUAAUUUGUUUUUGGCAUCUAGCUGGAAGGCGAACAGCUCUUACGGUGUGACUAUGACUGUGGAGUAAAUAAAUGGGUUGGAAUACCCCAUCAUAGUCCAUCAGUUACUAUCAUUGAGUCCAUCGUCUGAAUCAAGUCCGGCUGGAAUGCUACAGUAAGAGCUGACACCUACAUCAUCCCACGGUCACGCUGCACCACGGAGUCAUGAGGACAAGCAAGGGGCUGUGCUGCUAAUCGUUUGGCGUUGAAGAUCACACUUCAUCAGGCAACUCAGCACCAUUCUACGGGUCCACAAGACAAUCAUCUCGCAGCUGACUUAACAGUUGAUGUGACGGUCAGACAAGGUAUGGAACAUUUUAUUGAACUUGAGAAAGAAAAGGCCAAGCUUCAUCAGGAAAAGUGACUGCUCCAAUCAGAACUGGUUAAAGAAGGAAACAACAUCAACUUUAAAGAACAUUUGUCUCACUAAAUGAACAACAAAGAUUACAUUUGAGCAACGGACUGUUAUUUAAUUUAUUUAAAAAAAAAAAAAAUUGUUCAGUUUGAUGUGUGAACAGUUUAUAUCGUAUAUUGAUUUUGUUUAAAAAAAAAAAAAAAAAAAAAAAAAAAAAAAACGACUUAUGUUCAAAGUCUGUGAUUUAAAAAGGCAGUUCAUGUUGACUGAAUUAUAUAUUUUACUGUGAGCUACAUUCAAGUUAUUUGUGUUAUCUAUGCAUAUAUUCUAAACAAUAACUUAUUUCCAUUUGGGUAGUCUAAGAGCAAUACUGAAACAACUUUUAUUUAGUAUAGUUUAAUAUGGAGGACACAGAAAAUCACAAUUUACAAAUAGAGUUACAGAAACAAAUAGAUAACCUACACUGCAAAAUUGAAAGGCUGAAAUUUGCUCUUGAAGACACCUCAGAGACAACUGAGAGAGAACAUUUAGAAAAGGAAAUUCAAAGCAAGGAAGAAAUAGUAAAUAGCUUACAAAGUGAACUUAAAGAAGGUGUCCGACGCUCAACCCGACAAAAGACCCUAACUCCAAAAAUGCUUGAACUGCAAAAGGAGGAAGCAAGAAAGAAGGAAAGAAAACUAAUUUCAUCAUACGAAAAAUGGAAGGCUCAAGCCCGCAGGUCAAGAGAGCAGCUGAAGCUGAACAUCAGUGAAAGUGAGCUGGCGGAUCUGAUGGAUUCUUUGGAAAGGGAAAAAGAAGACGUAUUAAACGCUUACAUCGAACUACGGAAAUCCAUCACACCAGCACCAGAACUAAGACGCCACGUUGAUAGUUGUGAAGCAGUUACAGCAGAUAUUUUGAAAGUCAGCUACGAGAGAAUGACAGGCAUCUACGGAGAUUAUGAUGCACAGCAAGUGCAACAACGUCUUAAGGAACUACUGAAAAGCAGAUAUGCACGUUCCAUAUAUGGAUCCACUGUCUCCAGAGUGACAAGGUCAGUUCACAGUCAAGAAGGGACCACCUUAAUGGUUAAACAGGUGGACGCUGCUGCAGAGCUCGCAGCAAGGGAAGCUGAGUUUGAAGUGCUCAUGGAGGAAGAGAAACAAAGAGAAAUAAUAGAAGAGCAACACAGACAAAUACAAGUAGAAAAGCGCAGACUAGAACGUAUCCAAGCAGAAAAGGAUCUGAAGGCUGCUCGAGCUAGGCUGCAUGUCUACAACCAAAGUGUUUCGCAGGAAGGUAGCAUACAUUCAUAUAACAAUUCUGAACGAAAUAAACACAGCCUCCCUGUCACUGGCAAUCAGAAUCCUGUUGUAAAUAUACCAUCACCUGAUAUGAAUGUAUUAUCCCUCGCACAAGCCUUACAGGACAGCAUGGCACUAAAUAGACUUCCAGUCCCAGAGCCAUCUGUUUUUAAUGGUGACCCUAUCAGGUUCAUUGAGUGGAAAACUUCAUUUAUGUCCCUCAUUGAUUCAAAGCCCAUCUCUUCAGCGGACAAGCUGUUUUAUCUAAGAAAGUAUGUUGGUGGCCCGGCCCGUAAAACACUAGAAGGAACUUUCUAUAGAAAUGACAACGAGGCUUACAGGGAUGCAUGGAACAAGCUGAAUGACAGAUAUGGACAACCCUUCACCACACAGAGAGCCUUCAGAGACAAGCUAGCAGAUUGGCCCAAAAUCCUACCACGAGAUGCAUUAGCCCUAAGAGAAUUUUCAGAUUUCUUAAACGCCUGUCAAGAUGCAAUGUCGCAUGUAAAUUUUGAACGAUUGUGAAGAGAAUAGAAGGCUAAUUCAGAAACUACCAGAAUGGACAGCAACUCAGUGGAACAGGAAAGCCACAGAACACAUGAAAAGGACCAAAGAGUUUCCCAGCUUCAAAGAUUUUGCCGCAUUUGUUGCAAUGGAGGCAGAAAUUGCUUGCAAUCCGAUCACCUCAGCAUUUGCCCUCCACAGCACAGAAUCUAAUGCUGCAAAACAAAACAAAAGAGAAACUAAAACAAACAGGGCAAAUGUUAUGAGUAUUCAAUCUGAGGCUGACAUUGAAAGGCAGAGGACAGCUAAAGGAAAGGAAAAGGUUCCUUGUAGUUUCUGUCAAGAUCUACAGCACAGACUACAUGGAUGUCCCAAGUUCAUUGAAAAAACCCUGGAUGAGCGAAGAGGAUUCAUUAAAGAACAUAAACUCUGCUAUGGCUGUACCAAACCUGGUCAUAAUGCAAAAGACUGUCGACACAGACAUUCAUGUGACAUUUGUAAGGGUAAACAUCCUACGUGUUUGCAUGAUGAAAACUAUGUGAGGAAGGAGAGGGUAGCAACUCCAGAAGAUGCUACCCCAACAACUACUGUUCAAACAGAAACUGCUGCAACUUCAAUGUCAGUAGCAACAGGACAGUCCAACAAUACAUCAAUGAUUGUGCCUGUAUGGGUGUCAACGAUUGAUGGAGAAACUGAGAAACUGGUUUAUGCUCUACUGGACACACAAAGCGACACAACAUUUGUCGACCAGGAUGUAAGCAACGCUUUAAAGGCAAAGUCCUGUCCAGUAAAGCUGAGAUUAACAACUAUGGUUGGACGCGACAUGACGGUGAAAAGUCAAAGGGUCUCAGGACUUCGUGUGCGAGGCUACUUCUCCUCUUCCUAUAUCAACCUCCCUCAUGUGUAUACCAAAGAUUGUAUACCAGUGAAUCGUGCCCAUAUUCCAACAAAUGAAACAGCCAGCAAAUGGAAUCAUCUUUCUAAAAUUGUGGAUGAAAUUCCGCCACUGCAGGAUUGUGAAGUUGGUCUUCUAAUAGGAUACAACUGCGCAAGAGCAAUGGCACCAAGAGAUGUUAUACCAGGAGGAAAUGAAGAGCCAUAUGCGGUUCAAACUGACCUAGGAUGGAGCAUAGUGGGAUGCUCUUCACCCUGCCUCGACACUCCAAAUACAGGAAGACAUUGUUUUAAAAUUAUUGUCAAGGAGCUCCCACCAGUCACUCCUGCAGAUGCUAUUCGAAUUCUGGAAUCUGACUUCAGAGAUGGCAAGGAAGAUGAAAAAACAGUGUCCCAGGAAGAUAUUCUGUUUCUGGAUAAACUCAAGAACUCCAUUUAUAAAAACAACCAAGGUCAUUACGAGAUGUCGCUUCCCUUUAAGGAGAGACCAAUCUUACCAGAUAAUAAACAGCUUGCUGUCAUACGUCUCAGCCAUCUCAAGAGGAAGCUGUCAAGAGACGAAAGGUACAAGGAACAGUAUGUCAAUUUUAUGGAAGAGGUCAUCAGAAAGGGUGAUGCAGUGGGAGACCCAGAAGUGAAAGUAGCUCAGGCUUUAAGCACAGAAACCACAGAGCCUGAUUGUCUCAUAGAUCGGCUUUCAAGGAUCUCAUGUUGGUCUCGCGCCGUGUGCGCAGUGGCACGUAUCCUUCGACGGAUAAAUAAAGACAAGUCCAUUGGUCUCUCAACUGUGAAAGAAAGAGAACAUGCAGAGCGUCUCAUAAUCAAAGACCUACAGAGACAAACAUAUUCUGAGGAACUGAAGCUACUGAAGAAAGGCUCUCAGCUACCACUUCAUAACAAACUACACCGUCUCAAUGCCUUCUUGGACAGUGAUGGUGUAAUUAAGGUGGGAGGACGACUCAGAGAAGCUAAUCUUCCUCAUGAGGUCAAACACCCUGCAAUCAUUCCUAAAGGACAUCAUAUCACUAGGAUGAUUAUCUCACAAGCACAUGAAAGGGUCAAACAUCAAGGUAAAGGCAUGACCAUUAAUGCAAUUAGGACAAAGGGUUACUGGAUAUCAGGAAUUGGUCGGGUUGUGGCUUCAUAUCUUCGUCAAUGUGUGACAUGUCGCAAACUCCGUGGAAGCACAGAAGAACAAAGGAUGGCUGAUCUUCCUUUGGAGCGGGUUUCUGUAUCUCCACCCUUCACAUACUGUGGAAUGGACUGCUUCGGACCCUUCUACACAAAACAAGGACGGAACACAAGGAAAAGAUAUGGCCUUCUCUUCACUUGCUUCUCCUCAAGAGCCAUUCACAUUGAAAUGCUGGAGGAUCCGUCAACAGAUUGCUUCAUAAAUGGACUGCGUUGCUUUAUUGCCAUACGUGGGAUGGUGCGUCAAAUCACAUCUGAUCAAGGCAGUAACUUCUUGGGAGCCAGAAAUGAGUUGAAGGAAGCUCUCAAAGAAAUUGAUGGAGACAAACUAACAACCUUUCUAGCUGAAAAUCAGUGUGACUUUCUUAUGAAUGCUCCAGGUUCAAGCCAUGCCGGCGGAGUAUGGGAACGUCAGAUUAGAACGGUUAGGAGUAUCCUCAACUCGACUCUCUCUCUCUCUCCUGGAAAUCUCAAUGACGCUUCACUUCGAACAUUCCUUUAUGAGGCAAUGUCAAUAGUUAACAGUCGUCCUCUCACUGUUGAGAACCUCAAUGAUCCAAACAGUCUGGAGCCACUCACCCCUAACCACAUACUUACCUUGAAGUCUACUCCAGCUCUUCCUCCCCCCGGCAAGUUUGUCAAAGAAGACAUUUACGCUAGAAAGAGAUGGCGUCAUGUACAGUACCUAGCAGAACAGUUCUGGAGUCGUUGGCGCAAGGAAUAUUUGUCCAAUAUCGCCAUCAGACAAUGCUGGCACACUCCAAAAAGAAAUCUGCAGAUCAGAGAUAUAGUGAUGAUAAAAGAUGAUGACCUGCCUAGAACUGAGUGGAGGUUGGGUAGAGUUUUAGAAACCACAACAGAUAAAGAUGGGUGUGUUAGAAGAGUGAAGAUAUGUUUGGGUGACAGAAAACUUAGCAAGAAGGGUGAACGUAUUAACAAGCAGUUAGUGCUUGAACGCCCUGUUCAGAAACUGGUUUUAUUGCUUGAAAGUGACUAAAUUGCUACAAGGUACACUUUCUUUACAGUUCUUAAGCGUACUUUAAGUAACAUGUUUCUGGUCAUUGGUCAUUUUGUUUGGAAAUCAUUUGUGUUUGUUCCCUCUAUGGUU